UUGUCGCCCAACGUGGGGCAUGUGUGUUAUGUUAAUUCUUCUGUGAACAAUUAAACUAAUCGCAAUCUACAAAGGCAACAAUUACAACAUUCGCUCGUCUCGCAGCUGCAAUCGAAAGUUCCGAAAACCGUAUCAGAAUUGUUCGUCUAGAUCGCGGGAUCGUUGUCCUCGCCUUGCUCUCGCCGUUCUCGCUUAAUUUUAUCAUUCGCUUGUCACCCACAACGCAUUCAACGGCGCUUGCAUUCUCGGUUCGUUCGCUUUGCAGCUACCUGCUUUGGUCCAUCGAUCAACGCAUUCUUUCUAUUGGAAUUCCACCGCUUCACUUUCGUUUUGCUUUCGUUGCCGCUGCUGGAACUUUUGCUUUUGCUUUCACCGUUGGUUUUGUGCUCUAGCUGCUGCUGCUUGCUGCGUUUUUUUGUUGUUGUUAUUUUUGGAAGCUCUAGUUCUGUGUCAGCGUAAUUACACUACACAACAAAAUGAUGACGCUCGAAGACUUAAAACGCCAACGGAGCAAUAUAAAACGAAAUAUAACUCGGAUCAAAUCUGUGGUAGAUGCUAAAUCGGAAACCCCGAUAUGCAAUAAUGAGCUUCGCUAUCGGUUGAACAUCUUAGAAACGUAUUUCAAGAAUGUUUUAAAUGUCCAAGCUAAUAUUGAAGACCUUAGUCCGAAUGAUGAAGGACGGGCAGAUUUGGAGGAUACAUACAUAGCAAUCAAGCUAGCCAUAAGGGAAAAAAUGGGAGGAGAUCUGAACGCCAGCAUUGUUGCGCCGGACUACCACCCACCGCCAGUGAAGUCAUCGUUACCAAGGUUGUCGCUACCCACUUUCGACGGAACAUAUGCAAACUAUAAGAAUUGUAUUCACUCGUUCGAGCAAAUUGUUGUGCGUGAGUCUGGAUUGUCUAAUAUAGAAAAGUUUAAUUAUUUGCUGACCUGCCUCACGGGGCCGGCAUUAGAUACAAUUCAGGCAUUCCAGGUUACAAGCGAAAACUAUCCGAAGGCCCUAGCAAAACUCAAAGGCCGUUUUGAUAAUCCUACUCUUAUAUUUUUAGAAGGUAUUGAGGCAUUGUUUGCACUACAACCUGUGGAAAGGUCAAACAGUCAGCAGCUUCACAGCCUAGUGGAUAAGGCAUCCGCUAUAUUAAGCUCGCUGGAGUCCAUCGGCAAACCUGAGAACAUUGUUCACGCUAUGGUUAUAUAUAUUAUAAUGGAAAAGUGUGAUCAGCAAACUCGGAACAAGUGGAAGGAAUCGCAGGACUACAAAACUCUGCCAACCUGGCUAGCAUGCACACAGCUUUUGGAACGCCACUGUCAGUUUCUCCAUUCGUCUGGAAACUCGGCUGCUACUUCGUCACAACGAAAGGCUGAAUCCAAUAAGUCAAAUCGUCAUUCUAAUCACCAAAUAAACUCGUCGUUUGCUAUCACUAAUCCGUCUUGUACACUUUGUUCUAGUUCUGGCCAUAAGAUCUCUAAUUGCGCUCAGUUCAAGGCUAUGAACAGCAACCAACGGUACGACAAUGCAAAACGCCUCGGUCUCUGCAUCAAUUGUCUUGGAAAUGGUCAUAGAGUGACGCAAUGUUCAUCGACUCAUCACUCUCAGCCGCAACAGCCACCCCAAUCAUCAGCAGGACAAUCUUCAACUACUGAACCGGUACUCCAACCAGCGCAACCCUCCUGGCAAACGGCUCAUCAAGCUGCUUCACAUUCUCAUAUGGAGAUCGCAGCAGAUGAUCAAAUUUUGUUGGCAACAGCUAUGGUUUUGGUAAAGGAUGCCACAGCUUCGCCUUCGUCGUGAAAAACACCACAUUGGAAUUCGCAGUAUAGGAGACUCCCUUACUAGUUUGAAGGCUCGUACGACUACCUCUAUUAAGUCACGUACUUCCGGCUAUCAGCUCACUCUCCAGUUUGGAAUCACAUCCCAUAUUGCCUACCAGCCAGAUAGUGAGAUCGACAUAUCGAAUUGGAACCUACCAGCUAACACUCCAUUGUCUGACGAAUCGUUCUAUAGGACUAAACGUAUUGAUUUGUUACUGGGAACCGAAGCCUUCUAUGGAGCUCUAGCUGUUGGCCAGAUUCGCAUUGGUCCAAAUCUUCCCACUUUGCAGAAGACUCUUUUUGGUUGGGUUGUUGCUGGGAGAUACCAGCGGCAAUAUAACAGACAGCCACCAUUGUGCUUGGCGACUGUAGAAGAGUCGAUCAGCGCUAGAAUGCUCCCAAAUCAUCGUCGCUGUGAGGACCAUUUCAGGGACACAACACAUCAGGAUGACAGUGGGCGGAUUGUCGUUCGCUUGCCAUUUCAAGAAGUUCCAAGUUGUCUAGGAAGUUCCUUCAAUACAGCUCGAACUCGAUUUUUUGCCAUUGAGAGACGUCUCGCUCGUCUACCGGAAAUUCGCUCGCAGUAUAUCUCGUUCAUGCAGGAAUAUGAAAGUCUCGGCCAUAUGUCCCUCGUACUGAAUCCUAACUUGGAAGAACCGCAUUAUUAUAUACCCCACCAUUUCGUUCUGAAACCAAGCAGUACCUCGACGAAGCUCAGAGUUGUCUUUGACGCCUCUUGCCGUACAACAUCUCAAAGGUCACUUAACGAUCCACUUUUAGUCGGCCCUACCAUUCAGGAUGAGUUGUACUUGCAAUUGCUGCGGUUCCGCAUGCAUAGGUUCGGCAUCACAGCCGACGUCACAAAAAUGUACAGGCAGGUACUUGUGAGUAAGAAGGAUAGAAAAUUCCAGUACAUUUUGUGGCGAGCAUCUCCAAAUACGGAUCUUCAAACCUACCAACUCAAUACAGUGACAUAUGGGACUGCGUCUGCCCCAUUUCUCGCAACUCGUAGUUUGCAUUACUUGGCUGAGGAUUGUAAGGAUGCAUGGCCAUUAGGGGCUGCUGCUGAAAAACUGCAUUUUAUGUUGAUGACCUUUUGUGUGGGGCUGAUGAUAUAGAUACACUCUUCAAACUAAAAACUGAAAUCACAUCAACUCUCGCUCGUGGUCAGUUUCCAUUAUGCAAGUGGCAUUCAAAUCAUCCAGGCGUUGAUGGAAGACGAAUCUCCCAAGGAAUUAAACAUUUCAGAAAACUCAGUCAGCAGCACACUCGGCUUAACUUGGCAUCAACGAAGAGAUGCAUGUAGUUUCACAUUUAAUCCAAAGGAAGUCUAUCCCACUACCACAAAACGAACAAUUUUGUCUACUGCGUCGUCGCUAUUCGAUCCAAUCGGUCUGCUAUCACCGUUAGUCAUUGUCUCUAAGAUCAUUCUUCAGGAGUUGUGGCUUUUGAAACUCGACUGGGACGAGUCU